CGCCAUAUUUGAUAUUGAACAACGGCACUCUAAUCGAGAAGAAGAAGAUAUUUUCUUGUGUCGUCGUCGUAGUUGUCGCGUAAAAAAAGAGCUUUGAAAAAGAGAUACGCAAAUUACAUACUGAGAAGAAACUUUCGAAGUAGAACUGACGAUAAAGAAACUUGUAAGGAAAACCGAAGUAAGUUAUUAUAAAAAAAGGAAAAAACAAGUGGAGUAACUCAAAAAGGGAUAAACGCAGGUCACCUAAUUGCAUACCGAAGCAAGGAAAGAAAUAGGCAGAGCCAAACACAAUUGAAAAGUAAUUCACAGUUUAACAUGGGUACAAGGGAAGACGAAUACGAUUAUUUAUUCAAAGUUGUUUUGAUUGGCGAUUCCGGUGUGGGCAAAAGUAAUUUACUUUCCCGCUUUACACGCAAUGAAUUUAACUUGGAAUCGAAGUCGACAAUUGGCGUUGAGUUCGCCACCCGCAGCAUAGAGGUUGAUGGCAAAACGAUUAAAGCGCAAAUAUGGGAUACGGCCGGACAAGAGCGCUAUAGAGCCAUUACUUCUGCUUACUACCGUGGCGCUGUUGGUGCAUUACUCGUCUAUGAUAUUGCCAAACAUUUGACAUAUGAGAAUGUUGAGCGGUGGUUGAGGGAAUUGCGUGAUCAUGCCGAUCAAAAUAUUGUCAUUAUGUUGGUGGGCAAUAAGUCCGAUUUGCGACACUUGCGUUCAGUGCCGACAGAUGAGGCGAAACUUUUUGCCGAACGCAAUGGGCUGAGCUUCAUUGAAACUUCUGCCCUGGAUUCGACGAACGUUGAAACUGCAUUCCAAAAUAUACUCACAGAAAUCUAUCGUAUCGUAUCGCAGAAACAAAUCAGAGAUCCACCUGAAGGUGAUGUAAUUCGUCCAAAUGUGGAGCCCAUCGAUGUAAAGCCGACUGUUACGGCCGAUGUGCGCAAACAGUGCUGUCAGUGACCGCCUUAUGCACAUACUGCAGUAAUUUUUAAUGUCAUCUAUGCAUAAAUAACAAAAAAAACAAAAAACAACAAACUAUACAAUAAACAACUAUGACCACAAUACCCCAAAAAUAAACCGAAAUCAAUUCCAAACUACACCAGCGGCUACAAAACAACAGCUAAAAUAUUAAAGAACAAAAAGAAGCCGAAUAAUUAUUAAUGUUCAUUAUAUUAAAUGGCAAGGAAACGAUUGAAACAGAAAAUAGUAAACUGCAAUGAAAGUUUUUGAAGAAAAGUAAUAAAAUAGAUAUGUAAUUAUAA